AUGAUUGAAGAAACAACAAUAGAUUUACCUUCCGAUUCAAGUAUCUUAACAGAGAGAGAGCGGUCCUUCGCCGUUGAGGAGACUCACGGAGAGGGAGAUAAUCCAAUCAGCGACGAACUCGAGGAGUUGUUGAUUUUUACAUUGAUCUGUGGUUUUAUACAUAUAUGUGUUGUGGUGUGUGUGCAGGUUGUUAUCAAAGAUAUUAUAAGCAAAAGCGUUGUAACGCAGUUUAAAGCACAUAAGAGUCCAAUUUCAGCUUUGAGCUUUGAUCCAAGCGGCAUGCUUCUUGUGACGGCUUCGAUUCAGGGGCAUAAUAUUAACGUCUUCAGAAUAUUGCCGAGAGCCUCUACAAGUACAAGCAGUGAUGCGUCUUUUGUGCAUCUCUUCAGGCUCCAGCGUGGGUUUACUAAUGCGGUGAUACAAUACAUCAGUUUCAGCAAUGAUAGCAGUUUGAUAGCCAUCAGCUCUUCAAGAGGGACAAGUCAUCUCUUUGAGAUUAAUCCCGAGGGAGAAGGGAAUAAUGCUCCUGUUCUAUCUGCUGUUAAUAGGAUAAGAAGCGGAAACAUCAGCGGGUGGAUGGGAACAAUGAGCGGUGCUGCUGCAGCAGCAGCUGGGAUGGUUGGAGGCUCUCUACCUGGUGCAACCGCAUCAGCUUUCUGUUACUCCGUUGAACAGAACAAGAACAACAACCACUAUGGUUCUUCUGCUGCUACUUCUGAUGAUAACUUGAAGAGGAACCUUCUGGUGUUUGCUCCUUCUGGAUGUAUGACACAGUAUGCGUUGAAGCCUAAUCAGGUUGAGGGCGGUGGUCAUGAGAUGGCAGGGUUUGAUUUUGAGUCUGGUUCGGAGACUGAAGGGAAAGUAGGGGUUGAGCCGAUGAGGAGGUGGUCUAUGAUUCAGAACCAGUCCAGAAGAGAGAUGCAAGAUCAGCACAGUGACGUGUAUGGAGGAGGUGGAGCAAGUUCGGAUUCUAAAAGUAGAGUGUUUCCGGAGAUUGUUAGGAAGCAGAGUGCUGAGGAGUCUUGGAAAGUUACUAAGAAAGGAAAGGCUCGUGGGGAGGAUAAGCAUCAGAUGUACAUGUCUGAAGCAGAACUGCAAAUGUAUCAGCCGUCUCAGUUACCAUUAUGGGGAAGGAGAAAUUUUAGGUUUCAAGAGUGGGUGUUGGAUGUGGAUGAAGAGAGUAAUGGUGGAGGAGGGGAGAUGGAUAUUGAAGGAAUCCAAACAAGAACGAUUGAAGGAAGAACGAGAGGUUUGGUUCCAGUGUGGGGUUAUCUGCAGUCUCCAAAACCCCAACAAGUGACGGGAGAAUCAUUCCAGAGUCCAAGAAACACUACACAAGGUGAUCAGGUGGCUCCUCUAGAGUGUCAUGGAACAGAGACCGAGUUCGGAGUUGUACAUGGCAAGGACGAGAACUUGAGAUCAGAAGAAGAGAGCGUGAUGUCUGAAGAAAGUAGCCCGAUAUCAGAGGAAGAGACCUAAAACACGCCUGGAAAUAACGAAGGUGGUCUGCAGAGGAGGAUGAAGAUGACUUGGAAUAGAAGGUCAUGUUGCUAUUGUUUUAUUCUUUUCACCACAAACUCAGCUUCAAGUUCAACAACAGAGGAACAAUCAUAACUGUGGAAAAAUUGUAUAGAAAAUGGAAAAGAAAAAAAUGGACUUAUUAUUUAUAGAUGUAAAUAGAAAUAUACUUUUCUUUUGUUA